UGCAAAAAAAAAAUCAUAUUGAAAGGAUUUUAAUAAUUAUAUUUCUUGGUAAAAUUUAUGUAGAGUGUGAGCAGGUAAUAAAUGCAAUUUUUUCUGUGUUCUAAGUAGUUUUUUUUUUUUUUACAUUUUUUUUAAUAACAUAUCUUACUUUUGCAAUUAGGUCAGUGUACAAGACAUUAUGCUCAGUAAUAAAAUGUAUUUUAAAGUUAUUUUGUGUGCAUAUUUAUACAUGUAAUUUCCUGGGGACAGAAAUUACAUGUAUAUACUAUAGACUGACUAGCUAGUAGUAUAUAGAGGGGAAUAGGUAACGCCCACGUGAUUGGUGAGCUUGGUGAGUGUGUCAACUUGCAGCCAAUCGCUGGCGGAGCAGGGGGCGUGGCCUUCCGCCGAAAAACAGGUGGAAAUCAAAACAGCGCUUUGACGUAGCCAGCCAGCUGGUAUUAUGGCGCAGCGGCGUGCGCGCAGCUCUCCUUACCCAGGCGAAACCAUCCAUCCAUCCGUCCGCUCAUCCAUUCAUCCUCCCUUCUGAAAUCCGCUCUCUUUCUCUCUUUCACACACACAUUAUCUCUCUCUCUCUCUCUCUUUUACACAGAAUGCAAAAAUACUAAAUACUAUUUUUUUUUCUUUUUAGCUAAGCUAUAGCUAUAUAUAUUUAUAUAUGAGAUUCAUUACCCGCUGCUCCAGAAGCAGCAGCAGCAGCAGCUCAGCUCUCCCAGCCGGGCUUCUUCAGCGGGCGUGAGCUCUCUAUCCACACGGCUUUGGGCUCGUACGGAGCGGACGCGUCCUCAGCAUCCAUCCGCCGCCGGGGAGAAGAGGCUAUGAGCCGGGGCCGCUGCACGGCGUGGGGAUUUAAACAGCAGCUGAGGGAGGGAGUGCUGGAGAGAGAGGCGAGCUGAAAAGGAAAAGGGAGGCGGGCUGCCGCCUCGCUCGCUGUGUGUCUGUGUGUGUGUGUGUCUGUGUAAAGUGUGUGUGUGUGAGAGAGGGAGUGUGUGUUUGUGCCUUUUUUCGCCGGUGCUGUAACGUUAGGCUUGUUAGCUCCAACAGCAGCCUGGAAAAGGAGCCUCUCAGAGCUGAGCUGAGCUUUUUAAGCAGCUACGUUUUGUGUUUUAUCGUAAAAAACGAUGGCUAUUCAGACUGAGAAAACCACGGAGGAGAAAGGCGUUGUUUUCGGCUGACUGUCUGACCUGCUGCCUAUGGUCCUUCACCAUCAUUAAAUCCUCUGGAAGGGUGAAACCUAUAUAAUGUAUGCGCUCCGAUUAAAAUGACUCUUAAAACGCCGUUUUUCUGGAUGCGUUUUGAGAUUUUUCAGAUGUUCUCCGUCAUCGCGAAUCUGUGGCCAAACACCGCGAGACGCACCGACCGCGAGCCCGCUGCUUCCCACAGCGGCCACCGCCACCACAGCUGGACAUGUUGAUACCAACCUAAAAAUGGAUAUAGUUUUUGCUCUUCUCUGGCUGCUGGCUGCGUUUCUCAAGGGCAUUCUUUGCCAGGGAGUAUACGCUCCUCCUAACGUUCGCAUCAUCCACUCCGGCCACGCCUGCAACGUAGAGGAAGAGCGCUACACUGAGAGGGUCUACACCAUCAGGGAGGGGGAGACACUGGAGCUGGUCUGCCUGGUCUCAGGGCAUCCACGACCUCAGAUACGAUGGACGAAGACGGCGGGCAGCGCGUCCGACCGCUUCCAGGACUCCAGCGUGUUUAACGAGACCCUGCGCAUAUCCCGCAUCCAGAGGCACCAGGGCGGCCGCUACUACUGCAAAGCAGAAAACGGCCUGGGCUCCCCCGCCAUCAAAUCCAUCCGAGUCGACGUCUACUAUCUAGAUGAUCCUGUGGUGACGGUGCACCAAAGUGUGGGAGAAGCUAAGGAGCAGUUCUACUACGAGAGGACCGUCUUCCUCCGCUGUGCCGCUAACUCUAACCCACCGGUCCGGUACAGCUGGAGACGAGGACGGGAGUUUCUGUCGCAGGGCUCUGAUAAAGGGGUGGAGAUCUACGAGCCUUUCUUCACACAAGGGGAGACAAAGAUCCUCAAGCUUAAAAACCUUCGACCUCAGGACUACGCCAACUACACCUGCACUGCCUCCGUCCGCAACGUGUGUGGCAUCCCCGACAAGAGCAUACUCUUUCAGCUCUCCAAUAAAACAGCGUCUCCCACCAUUAAGCUGCUAGUAGAAGACCCCAUUGUGGCAAACCCAGGACAGACUGUGACUCUGGUCUGCAUCACCUCCGGAGGCGAGCCCACCCCGGUCCUGUCGUGGGUGCGCAACACUGAGGGGCUUCCCAAGAAGAGCGUCCUGAACGGUGGGACGCUGACCAUCCCUGCCAUCAGCACUGAGGAGGCCGGGGUCUACAGCUGCGUGGCCAGCAAUAACGUGGGCAACCCUGCCAAGAAGUCCACCAACAUCAUAGUCAGAGCUCUGAGGAAAGGUCGCUUCUGGAUCACGCCCGACCCUUACCACAAUGACGACAACAUUCAGAUCGGCCGGGAGGUGAAGAUCUCCUGUCAGGUGGAGGCCACGCCCGCCGAGGAGCUGAUGUUCAGCUGGCUGAAAAACGGCCGUCCGCUGCGCAGCUCUGAGCGCAUGGUCAUCACCCAGACGGACCCAGAUGUUGCCUUGGGAACCACCAACCUGGACAUCAUUGACCUGAAGUUCACUGAUUUUGGUACCUACACGUGUGUGGCGUCUCUGAGGAAUGGCGGUAUUCCUGAGAUCAGCAUAGAUGUCAACAUCUCGUCCACCACCGUACCCCCGAGUCUGACGGUCCCCCGAGGAAAGUCCCCGCUGGUGACGCAGGAGGGGGACACGGUGGAGCUUCAGUGCCUGGUGUCAGGCAAGCCCAAGCCCAUCAUCCUCUGGUCUCACGCAGACAAGGAGCUGCCCAUGCCCGACGGCAACCUGCAGACGGAGAGCUACGACGGCAUCCUGCGCAUCGUCAACGUCUCACGCGAGAUGACCGGUACCUACCGCUGCCAGACCAGCCAGUACAACGGCUUCAACGUCAAGCCCCGAGAGGCCGUCGUGGAGCUCAUCGUGCAGUAUCCUCCUGCAGUGGAACCCGUGUACACCGAGAUUCGGCAGGGUCUGGGCCGGGCCUUCAGCCUGAGCUGCAGGGUGCUGCGCGCGCACCCGUCCCGCGUGCUGAAGUACGAGUGGAAACUGGGCACCCGGCUGCUGACGGUGGGGCAGUUCGACACUCGCGACGAGACAGAGUACCACGUGAGAGCGCUGAACCGCGAGGGCUACGGUGCAUACACCUGCGACAUCACUAACGAGGCUGGUGCAGGACGCUGCACAUUCCUGGUCACUGGGAAGGCCUUCGCUCCGGAGUUUUACUACGACACGUACAGCGCCCUCUGGCAGAACAAGCCCAGCGUCUACGGCUUCAAACUCCAGUGGACACAGAUGAAUCCCAAUUCAGUGGACCGGAUCAUGGCCUAUCGGCUCGGUAUCAAACAGACAGGGCAGCAGAGAUGGUGGGAGCAGGAGAUCCCGAUGGAAGGCAACAUCCAGAGAGGAGAUCUUAUUACCUACAACCUGACCGAGCUGGUCAAACCCGAGGCCUACCAGGUGCGCCUUACUCCAAUCACUCGCUUCGGAGAGGGAGAUUCAGCUGAAAGGAUUAUUCGCUACAGUGCUCCUGUAAACCCUCACUGGAGUAAAUUCCAUUGCAACUUUGAGGAAGAAGCCAUAUGUAUGUUCACCCAAGACAAGGCCGAGGAAUUUGACUGGACGAGACACAGCGCCGCCACCAGGGACACCAAGUACACUCCCAACACCGGACCCAGCAGUGACCGCAGUGGAUCCAAGCAAGGUUAUUACAUGUACAUAGAAACUUCAAGACCUCGUCAGGAAGGAGACAAGGCUCGACUGUUGACUCCAUUGUUCAACGUUGCUCCAAAAAAUCCCUACGGGAAUGUGGCCACUAAUCCAACCUACUGCCUUAGCUUCUACUACCACAUGUACGGGAAACACAUAGGUGCCCUGAAUGUGUACUUGAGGCAGAAGAGUCAGACAGGUCAGGACAGCUCUGUGUGGACCCUCAGUGGAAACCAGGGGGACCGCUGGAGGCAAGCCAGAGUCAACAUCCACCCCACUUCCUCAUUCCAGAUGGUUCUGGAGGGGGUCCGUGGCUCUGGAAUCGAGGGGGAUAUUGCCAUAGACGAUGUGACCAUAGAGGAGGGCGAGUGUCGAGACCCCCCUCCCAAUAGCAAUCUAAGGUCUCUGGCUCCUCCCACAGCGAAACAUAUAUGGCAGUUGUGUCUGUCCGUGCUCUUGGCCUCGGUCAGCCAUCGGAGGUGACCGUGUCCUCGAGAGGUGAAAUCCGGCUCUGGCACUCCUAGGGGCUUCUGGCAGACAGGGACUGUCCGACUACAACUACCAAAGAUUCAUCCCGUCUGAUAGAGAGAGACAGAGAUCUGCGCAGGAUCCAGAUGGAGCACGGGAGGGAGUCGACCACCAGUUAACCAAUCAACAAUCAGUGCGUUACAGGAGGCCAGGGAGGGUCUUUUUCCAGGAUUCAGAAGCCUGUUAAAGUUGUUGAUGCGUGAAUGCUAAAUACCUGGAUACCUGGAUACCUGGAUACUUAGAUUCUUUGAUAGCAAUGUUCUGACCAGGUGAAUCUUCUCAAAGCACAAAGACACAUAUUUUCCAGAAGGGUUUAUGAUUAUGUUCAGUUUUUUUUUUCUCGCAGCGUUCUCACAUCUUGAAGAUCAUAUUAUAUGCGAAAUAUACUGUAUAUAUUACGCAAGUGGAAGACAAAGAGCCCCUUAUAAAAAUAUAAUAAUAAUAAUAAUAAUAAUAAUAAUAAGCAAGUCUUUUAAGUUUUUAAAAGAAUAUGGAAUAUUCAACAGCAUUUCCUCUUAAAAAAGCUUAAAAGUUUAAAAGUUUAAAAAUGCUCUGUUCUCUCUUUUAUUGCUCUUUUUCUUCUUUUUUUAAAUCUCCCAUAUCAUGGCAGUAGCAGAAGAAAGCAGCAAAAGAGGCUACAUAAGGCCAUAAUCUAGUCAUAAUCUAGUUUCCACCGCAUAGUUUCUAUUGCUAUCGUUAUAUUUUCAUCAUCACUGCUGAUAUCAGCGAGUAUCUCGCUAAUAUCAUUUUAAUUUAUUGCAUACAGUAUCUGACAAGCCGAACACUUCCUUACCUUACGUCUUUAAGAUUCAUUGAGUUGGCCUUUUCGUUUUAGAAGGACUUCUUCUUUAAAACAUUAAAACACGUUUAACAGAGGUGCAGGGACCGCUUGAAUGUCAACCCUUAACUCUUGCAUGGGAGGCCCACCGAAUUCUGAAACUGUGCCCGUCUGAAGCCGAGUCGUAUUUUCUCGAGGUGCGGAAAGAUAGCACAAGACCUUUCACCGUAGGACGCUGUUCAGAUGAGAACACGGAGCUGCUGUCUGCAACGCAAACUGCCAAGUGCCUUCAGAACUUCACGUAACAUCGGUCUGUUCCAACGCCUGGUGGGCUGUUGCUGAUCUUCGGCACAUUUCAUAGCAUAUCAAUUAGGGCUGCACGAUAUAAAAAAAAAUUAUAUUGACAUCGCCAUCCAGCCCAUAAACUGUCUGUUUUCCGGCUGUUUGAAUGAGCAAAACCUGUUCAGAAUGAAAGACGUUAAAUAACAUUGCAACACUGAAGAAGCAUAGACCUAUUAUUUAAGACAAAUGUCUAAGAACAGCUAAACACAGCACUGCAAAUCAAAAGUGCUUAGUUUUAGUUCUUCAGAGAGCUUUUAUCAGAGAUUUUUAUCAGUUGACCCUCUCGAUUGGGGUGUACAGGUGUAUAUAUGAGCUACUCCCAGAAAACGAAGGGUAUUCUAUCUGCAAUUUCAGUUAGUUUUAAUACGUUUUAUAAACACACAAUAUAGUUCCAGUUAGUUAAAAAAAAAUACAGUUUUUAUUUGUUUCAGUUGAUAAAAAUGUUUUUCACUUUCAGUUUUCAUCAUUUCUUUCGGUUUGGUUAACGUUAAUAACCUUGGUUACUUGGUUAUAUACUUGGUUAUCUUGCCAGAGCUUUAUAUAAAACAAAAAUAGCAUUAAAAAACAGAUGCCUAUGUCUCAGACUAUUUUCUGGAACCCGACCUGACCCUAAGCUCUAAUCCAGACCGACCGAAAGCGGAGUCAGCGCUUUAGAGUCAGCCAAGCACUCAAAACCCGAGGAAAACAGCAAAACAACAAUAAUCAAGCAUUUAAAUAUCCUUUUAAAAGGUAAAUAAGAACGUUUUUCUGGGAUUAAAAGCGUGAUUCCGGCUGUAACUGGGAAUACCUUUGCUCGUGUUUACGCCGGAGGCGUCGCUGCUCACUCAGAACGCUGAGUAUCUACAGGGGUUGGACAAUGAAACUAAAACACCUGUCGUCAUUUUUAGUGUGGGAGUUUCCAUGGCUAAAUUGGAGCAGCCUGGUGGUCAAUCUUUAUUAAUUGCACAUUGCACCAGUAAGAGCAGAGUGUGAAGGUUCAAUUAGCAGGGUAAGAGCACAGUUCUGCUCUAAAUAUUGCAAUGCACACUAUAACAUUAUGGGAGACAUACCAGAGUUCAAAAGAGGACAAAUUGUUGGUGCACGUCUUGCUGGAGCAUCUGUGACCAAGACAGCAGGUCUUUGUGAUGCAUCAAGAGCCACGGUAUCCAGGGUAAUGUCAGCAUACCACCAAGAAGGACCAACCACAUCCAACAGGAUUAACUGUGGACGCUGUAAGAGGAAGCUGUCUGAAAGGGAUGUUUGGGUGCUAACCCGGAUUGUAUCCAAAAAAUAUAAAACCGCGGCUGAUCAAAUCACGACAGAAUUCAAUGUGAAUCUCAACUCUCCUGUUUCCACCAGAACUGUCCGUCACCACAAUCAAUUAUUGUGGUCUAAAACCAGGUGUUUCAGUUUCAUUGUCCAACACCUGUAUUUCUUGUGUCAGGAAUCAGAACAUUGCAACAUGACGUGUUUGUUUUUACUUGCCUAAAUGAUAUAUCGUGCAGCCCUAAUAUCAAUGGCAAACAAGGGCAAAAAGAAAGCACCAACAGAUGAAUGACCCUAGUGCCAAGCCCUGUUCCAAAGCUCCCGUCCAAUCCCAGCUCUCGCUUUUCCACAUACUAUCGUCAGCCAUCCUUUACUUUAACAUCUAUCGCUUUUAAAAUACAGACCAUGCCAGACCAUCGUCCAAUCCAGAGUCCCUAUACUGAGAGAACGGACAGAAAGAACUAUGAUGGAAUCAUUGGAGUUCCAUUGGAGUUCCAUUGGAAUAGUGAUGGACGUCAAAUAGGAGUUCCAGAGCCAGAACUCUGGAUGUACUGACGGAGUACUGACGGAGGCGUCACUGUGAAGUCCUCCAUCAGUCCAAUAAUGAUCUAAAGACUUAAGAUUUGUGCUGUUGAAGACUUUUAAAGAAUUUUCCUAACGCUCUUGAACUCUGAAUUGUACUGAAAAGGAUCAAGGACCACAAAGACUUGCGAACUUUCUAAAACAGCCAUGAUGUGCUGAGCUGGGUCCAUCCGCUUGGAUUCUUACAAAUGAUAUUUUAUUACUCCGAUGAUGAAAAAUGACUGCUUUUCAGAAACUGUUAAAAAAAUAUAUAUAUAUCUCUGAACUACCUGAGACCAUCCGUUACCUUAACCAGCUGGUUUUUGGAGAUGUAUUGUAAAGUCACUUUUAUUGUUCAUAAAGUUUCUGGGGAAGAAUCGUCGUCGUUUUCCUCCCUCAAGUUUGUUUUGUUGGUCCAAAAUAUAUAAUAUGUUGCUCCAGACGAUUUUUAAUUUUUUUUUUUUUUCACUUUGAACACCCAUUUAAAAGAACAAAAAAAUCCCUCUUCAUUAUUAUAUUAUUCAAUAUACGAUAUGAUAUAAAACUAGUAUGAUAUUAUAAAAUAUCAAAUAUGAGGAGAUUAUAUGCAAAUACAUUGGGUAGGAUAUGGCCUAAUCGAGU